AUGACGAAGGGAAAACCAUCUAGACCUAAGGCUCUUUAUCAGAUUGCAAAGGUCCUCUGGCACCUGGAUGUCUUUCGACGAAGUUUUCGCGAACUCUCUGGACAUGUGUGUAUGAAAGAAGCCUGCAUUUUCUGUGCCCUCAAGGAACUCUUUUAUCAGCUACAGUUUUCCAAGGAGACUGUGCUGCCUCCGGAUUCCCAACCCAAGGGAUUGAUAGAAUGUUUCUUCGACCAGAAUGGGUUCCAGCUCGGUUUGGUGGAAGAUGCAACGGAAUGUUUCGAAAACAUACUUCGACGUAUCCACACUCACAUCGCCCAAGACGAAGAAGAAGACAUAUGCAACGCGAGGCAUUGCAUCACUCACCAGAAAUUCGCGAUGAUCCUCGUUGAGCAGAGCGUCUGCAGGUCCUGUGGAGCUUCUUCAGAAACAUUAUCGUAUACUCAGAUGGUGCAUUAUGUCUCCACAUCAGCUCUAGUAUAUCAAGGUAGAUUGAAUGCCGAUUACUCAAAGUACGACCGAUUUGGUAUCCAUCUGAGAAGAGCAGGAGGAAUGGGAGAAGUCCGAAAAUGUUCUAAUGUCUGUGGGACCGUCAUCCAAGUAUGCCGGACACUGACCAAUCGUCCUGACAUACUAUCCAUCGGUCUCGUGUGGAACUCGGAAAGACCCACCUUUGAGCACGUGAUGGAGGUAUUGUCCAUCGUGGACACGUCUUUGCGCGUUAGCGAUGUUUUCACCAACGUGGUGGAUCAAAGAUGGGGAGAACAAACCGUUCAUGAAUUGGUUGGAAUGGUGACAUACCAUGGGAAACAUUACUCGACGUUCUUCUUUCACACCGAAUUGAGAAUCUGGAUCCAUUUCGACGACACGACAGUCAGCGAAGUUGGCACCAGAUGGGAUCAAGUUGUCGAGAAAUGUCGAAAAGGAAGGAAUCACCCGUUGCUGCUACUCUACUCCUUAUCAGACGGUACUCCUGUGGACACAUUUCAUGCUCCAAAACAAGUAACCACUCUAUCGCAAGAAUGGAUGACGCACAGACUGUCACAAACUGUUUUGAAACGUUCGGUCACUCCCAGCCCCGAAAAACCUGCAGUUUGCAUAACAAGGCGUGCCAUAACCCCAAAUAUCGAGGGAUAUUCGAUGAGCCGAGAUCUUCCAUUGAUACACACCCCUUCUGAAUAUCAGAAUACCUCGUUCCUUCAAAAACAUAUCUCUCAACAAACGAGUGUUGCUGAUGUUCCAGCUCGAAGAGACGAUUUCAAUAUAGGACAGCCGACCAAUAUUCCUAAGAUCCAAACUAAUAUACAUCGAACUUUGAGCAAUGGAUCCUCCUCUGGCCUGGAAGGAAUGUUCAUUCCUGAGCAGUUGAACGUCCCAGGAAGAAGAGACAGCGGGAAUUGGAGUGGAGAUAGAACUAGUGCUUGUUCCACCUCAACGAAUUCCAUGGAAAAUCCAUAUUCAGCAGGAAAGCUAACAGAAAAAUAUAAAGUUUCCAAAAAUCAAAGAACAGCAAAUGAUCAAUCAGUUGGUAGAGGUGGUAUCAACGAUGCUGGCUACGAUUCAUACUCCCUUUCAUCAAAUGAUAGUUCGUCCAUGACUACUUUGGAACAUCUCAUGAGGAUGGGACAUCUCGCGAAAAUUCCUGAAGACUAUGGCAAUUCAAACGAUAAUCAAAACUCGCCUAGUUGUGAAAUUCUUUGCGAAGAGGCUGAUGAACUUUUAAUAAAAUCUAGGCAACUAGAGAAUGAGCACGAUUUAGUUUUAGCUUUGGCACUGUGUAAUGCUGCCGCAUCAAAGGCGAGAGCAGCCACAAAAGCGCCAUAUAAUAACCCACAAUUAAUGACAAUGGCAAGAAUGAAACAUAAUACUUGUAUCAUGAGGGCUAGAAGUUUGCAUAGAAGAAUUGAAAAUGAACGUGAUGGCAAUAGUAGUAGUCAUGGUCGACAUUCCCGGCAGAACUCUAAAGACAGUGACAAACAAUCCAAACAGAGUACUAAAAAACCCACGGUACCAUGGAAAGACAUUCCUCAGCCAACUAAAAAUAUAGAAAUAUACGCCACUUUGCCGAAGAAACAUGACCCAAUGAAAACGAAGCUGUCAAGAAAAUCGCCUGAUAUUGAACCAGUCGUGAUACAAAACAAAUCAUCAACUCGCGAAUCUAGGUCUAUGUUCGCAUUUUCUAAGAACACUGAUAGAACAAGAGAAAAAAGGUCGAAAAGCGAGGACAGGAACAAACUUUCUCAAGAUUUCUCGGUUGCUACAGAAUCAAUCAAUCUGAAUGACACUAUCAACAAUGUCAAAGAUACGGAAGUAAAGGUGAAAGAAGAAAAGUCCAAAAAGCAACAUAAAAUCAAAAGAAAACUUCUGAUGGGUGGUUUCAUGAAACGAAAAAAUAGAAGUAUGCCUGAUUUAACCGAUGCAGUGGAUUGCCAACCUCCAAGUACAACAAAGGAUGAAAACUGCAUUAGUAAAGAUUCAUUCCAUUCUCCAACAAUUGCUUCUGGAUAUCUGUCAGAGGGACACUUGGAGUCGUCUGAAAACAAUCCCAAUCCAAACCUGGAGCGAAGUAAAUUGAUGCGCAAGAACUUCCAUUCUAGUAUUCCUAAAAUACUUACUCCUGUGAAAGUACCCCCUCCACCACCCCUAAGAACUACUUCCCAUCUCAGUGCAAAUCCUUCUGAACCGAAAGUUGCGGCUCCGCGGAAUGAUGUCGGCUAUGCUCAGAAUGUCCAAUGCUUGCCGAAACCAAUCUACAGCAACAAUGAUUCUUUCAGUGAUGAGAGUUUCUAUGAUGAUAAAAUUAAUACACUUGUGACAAGAGCUAUGGUUCAUAGCGAACAAAAACAACCGCAUUCCCAAAUCGAUACUGGUACCGAUGUGGUGGACGGAUUUCCUCCAAGAGAAUCUCUACCACAUCUCGAACUGCCUCCUUAUCCAAGUCCUAUGGGAUCCGUGGUACAUUCCAGGCAAGGUAGUGAAGACUUUCCGCCACCACCACCCCCAUUGGAUUUAUCUAGUUUGGAAGAACAUCUACCAUUUCCACAAAUGAAAUCUCGUGAAAUAGUUCCACAAUAUAACGUUACGCAAAGUACCGAACCAAUCAGUUAUGCUGAUAAUUAUUACCGAAAACAGUCGCUACAGAAUCAAGCCAUAGUAGGCCAUGAAAAAAAUCACAAUGGCUCUUCACAUGUAACGACGGACCCAAACAACAGGAAGAACUUUCUGUUCGAUAAGAUACAAAAUGUACCUUCGCAUAAAUUCGAAAGCUCUUCUGACCGCAUCAGGCAAGAAUCAUAUGAUCAAGUAGAUAGUGGGGGUAUAGGCAGAAGAAUGAAUUUGCCAGUAUACCCAGAUUUGGCGCAAAAAUAUAAUGAAUUUAGAAGACAGAUACCGAAUACCUCUAGGGUACAAGGAGCCACAGACGAUGGAAGAAUGCUCACGAAAAAGAAGAGUGUAUCUUUCUGUGACCAAGUCAUACUCGUAGCAACGGCCGACGAGGAAGACGAUCACGAUGUCAUUCCGAAUCCUAUAUUAGAGAGAGUGCUCCGUACUGCGCUGACUAAUAAUGAUACGGAUGUUAUGAGACAAGACAUGGCGAAUGUUGUGAAGGAACUACAAUCUAACACUCCUCAUACACCGCAUGCAUCUUCUGCCAGGAACUUAGCAGAGGCAGAAAAUAAGGAAUAUUCCUAUUGCCAAAAAUAUCUCAAUCAAUCCAGUAACGGAUUUGUAAAUGCCAUCGAUGCUGAUAACGCAGCUGUAAAAAGCGUUCAACAUUCCAUUCGCAGUAGUCCAUUUCUGAAUGAUGGAUUGAAUGGGUCAGCUCAAAGGCCCUCUCUCACGUACCAAAAUGAGCCAUGUUCAAUUAAAUCGAACAGAGGACCGUUAUUGCAUCCAGCAGUACCAACGCAUGUCUCGAUGAGUCAUGACAGAACAAAUACCCAAUUUGAAUCAGCUAACUCCAGCAAUAAUCAGUUGAAUGUUCACGCGAUCUAUGGUUACCAAGUCAAGCAACCUUUCCCGGCACACUUGCCUUAUCCUGAUCGUUUUCAGCAGGGUAACUUUCACCAAGGUUCUGUUCCAAGUACAGGACAUCCAUCAGAAAUGGAAUAUUUGAAUACGAGGUAUAUGCGGAAUCAGUACGAGAGAGUUCCUGUGGACACUGGAACGAACGCUGGCCGUUUCUUCAAUCCACAGAGGCUCCUUCCAAAUGAAAUGGAACGACAACAUAUUCAAUCUGGCAUGGUUCCUGCCAUAGAACGAAGAGUGCCUUCCCUCCACCUUGAACCACAAGGUUCUUUCAACCAAGGAACUGUGCAUCCAACGUAUGAAUCUUCAAAUCAAUUGCGUGAAAAAAUAGCCGGCUUCGAGUCAAAACCUUUGAUUGGUAUCGAAGCAACUACGCCUCGAGGUAUUGUUGUUCCUAUCAAAAAAACGAAUAUAAGUGCAAAUAUAGAAUGUAAUUUAUGUAGGAAAAAAUAUGUUUUGGCUCCUAUGAGAUAUUGUCGAGACUGCGAAUUUUAUAUGUCAAAAUUCAAGGGAUGCUCUUAG